AAACACCGCGAUAACGUGAGAUAACUAUAUCUCUUUCGCCUCUUUAUGUGAGUCAAAUGCACAUUUGGCUCGACCGGGAUAACUCGACAUAAAAUAACCAGCUAACAGUGUCCUUUUCUCUGAACAUAAACAGUUUUCUCUCUACGUUGCAUGCUGUUGAAUGAGCAAUUUCUUCAUUAUCAUCUGUGGGGAAGAAGGAAGCUGCAGCCUCUAUAGUCUUCCCCCGGCAGUGAGCAGCUCCCCGGACUCCGCGGCGUCAACACAGCCGAUACUGAUUAAAAGAAAAUAUCAGUGGAAGAACAAAAACAUGUCGACGGGGAGGAAGAUCGCGUUGAGUGAAAACACACUCUUUGGGAUGGGAAAUCCCUUGCUCGACAUUUCAGCUGUGGUGGACAAAGAUUUCCUUGACAAGUUUGGACUGAAGCUUAACGACCAGAUCCUCGCUGAAGACAAACACAAGGCGCUGUUUGAAGAAAUCGUCAAGAGGAACAAAGUUGAAUACCACGCCGGCGGUUCGACCCAGAACUCUGUGAAAAUUGCUCAGUGGAUGAUCCAGAAACCCCACAAGGUGGCUACUUUCUUCGGGUGCAUCGGCACUGACCACUUUGGGGAGAUCCUGAAGAAGAAGGCCGAAGAAGCCCACGUCGACGCGCAUUACUAUGAGCAAAACGAGGAGCCGACCGGUACCUGUGCAGCCUGCAUCACCGGGGACAAUAGGUCCCUUGUUGCUAACCUGGCAGCGGCAAACUGCUACAAAAAGGAAAAACACCUGGACUUGGACAGCAACUGGGAGCUGGUGAAGAAAGCCAAGGUCUAUUAUAUUGCGGGUUUUUUCCUGACCGUGUCCCCAGACUCCAUCCUGAAGGUGGCGAAGCAUGCUUCAGAUAACAACAAAAUCUUCUGCAUGAACCUCUCUGCACCUUUCAUCAGCCAGUUCUUCAAAGAGCCCUUGAUGAAGGUCAUGCCUUACGUCGACAUCUUGUUUGGCAACGAGACGGAGGCGGCCACAUUUGCCAAAGAGCUGGGCUUUGAGACAGAUGACAUUGCAGAGAUUGCAAAGAAGACCCAAAACCUCCCCAAGGAGAACAUGAAGAGGCAGCGAGUGGUUGUGUUCACCCAGGGCAAGGACGACACUGUUGCAACCGUCGGUGAGAAGGUUACCAUGUUCCCCGUUCUGGACAUCGACCAAAACGAUAUUGUGGACACUAAUGGAGCCGGGGACGCCUUUGUGGGAGGAUUUCUCUCCGCGUUGGUCCAAGAGCACGCGUUGGAGGAGUGUAUCCGAGCCGGACACUACGCCGCCAACGUCAUCAUCAGACGGGUCGGAUGCACCUUCCCAGAGAAGCCAGACUUUCACUGAUGCAUCUGAGCAUUGCACACUCGUCCUUUCCACAAGAUACUUGUUUAUGUAUGCUUUGGGAUUUUGUGUACAUUUUUUCUAUUUUACAGCAACUGACUGCAUGGGACUAAGUGCUGCAGCUUGAAUAUUUUAUCAAGCUCCAGUAAGCAGCUCUGAUGUUUUAAUACAAUUCAAACAAUGUGCUGCUAUCAAAUAUUGGAAUAAAAUGGUUGAUUAAA